AUGCAAAGCAGUCAGGAGUCUCCAGCUCCACCAAUCGACCAACACAGCACCGUACCCUACAUUAACAGCACCUGCUCAUACAGCAAUCAUCACCAGCCGCAGCUCCACCCUCUACCAGCACCAGCUGACGCAGUGACCCCAUACCUACCCCACGCCCCACCAACAGAACCCCCUUCACCUACUACAACUAAACACCACAAUUCACAACAACCACCCCUCUACAAGCAACCUCCAGCAACCCUCCCCACACCACUACAAGAAACAACAACGCCCGCCGCCGCACCCCGAACUACACCACCCACCACCAUAAUCAUCCCUUCCCACCAGUGCACCACCAGCACCACCGCAACCUCAACCUCCAACCCCAACCACACCCCCAGUCACCAACCGCCCCCCCUCCACGACCCCGAGCACCACCCAGCGUCGUCUACAGUCCAAGGUCUCACACACGAGCACACAGAAGAUCACCCAAACAUCACCCGCCGAACGUUCACCGAUUUCCACCACAUAUACCGCCCUGAACUAUCAGCCCUUCAAAAUCAAAAAUUUAUGGUACCAUUUUCGGCCGACGUCUGCGAGGAACAAGCGUGCUCGACACACCAUAUUAGGCUCAACCAGCACGCACCCACCCCGACCCAACGAACAAACACCUCCACCUACAGACUACAACAACAACAUAAAAUAUUCAACAAACAGAACCAUUCUAGCAAAACCAGUGAGCACCAAAAUCAACCCCAAAACCACCACCACCGGAUCCUGCUCAAACAAGCUCCAUCACCCACCCUAACCAGCCACCUCGCCCCCCGCAACCCACACACGUGCACAACCACCACACAACCGCAAACCUCCCAAGACCGCGCGCCGCCAAUCACCCAGACAGACUCAGCCCCGCCAGAAGCCGUACACCGGAAUCCUUGCAUCAGCAAAGUCGACUUGGCGCCGCGCUACUUCAGUGUCGACACAUUAGAGGCCCAGGAUACUUGCACCACUGACAUGCACUCAACACAGGGGCCACGGCGUAGAGAUGCGAGGUACCCUACACCUUAA